AUGGCCCUGAGAUUCGCAUUCCGCAAAAAGGGUGGUCGCCGAUCGGCCUCCUCAAUGCAGAGCGAUGGUAGUUACCACACCUCUACGGCUCGUCCUUCCCGUCGCUCCUCAGUUGGCUCAACAUCGACCCAAACGCCGAAGCCCACGCGAAUAAAAGUAAGUGUUCCUACUCGUUGUCAGAGAAGUAGACCCGCAUUCGAGUCAUCUUCAAUCUCCCUUCCGCGUCACCGCCAAGCAGAAGAAGGAGAUGGUGAUGAAAACCUCGACUCGCUCAAUGAGGUUAUUAUGGCCGUAGACGUUAGAGAACGUGGAACCGUAGGAUGUUGUUAUUAUGUGGCGAGAGACGAGAAACUGUACUUCAUGGAGGACAUGAAGCUUGGUGGCGUUGAUGUGGUUGACGCUUUGAAGCUGUAUAUUGAGCCGACUGUUGUACUGGUCUCUACCAAAAUUGAUGAUGCUGCGAUGGACAGGCUUGAUCCAGAAGCCAAGAGCAGGGUAUCGGAGGAUGGCAGCAUUGACCAAUUCAGGCUCCCCUUCUUGCUUGAAGUGCGUCCUCCUUCCGAGUUCGCCUACGAAACCGCCAAGUCAAAACUUGUACACCUUCGAAUCGGGGAAGGUGACGGGCCUCAAGUCACAUUUGUCGUACCCGGGGAUGUUGUUGCGGCCGAUGGCUUCGACGAAGAUGAUGUUACUCGCCACCAGGGUCAAUUACUGAGGUUGUCUGGAUGGGUUGACAUGGAGAGCAGAUUGACGGUCGGCUGUGCUGGGGCGCUUCUCUCUUAUUUGCAACGAAGGCGUACCGCUGCUUAUCUUCCUGGGGACAAUGCCGCAUACUUGAUGUUUCGGAUAUCGACAUUGGAAAUGUUCAGCCUCCGGGACACUAUGUUCAUCGAUGCAAACACUUUACACUCACUGCAAGUAUUAGAAUCCGAGUCCCAUCCACAUUCUCAUAACCAAGGCCCGACCAAAGCAAAUUCCGGAUCCAAAGAAGGUCUUUCAGUAUAUGGCUUGUUCCGCCACCUUGCACGAACCCCACAAGGAAAGUUCUUGCUCAAACAAUACUUCCUCCGCCCUAGUCUCAACCUCGACGUCAUCAAUGAGCGACUCGAAACGAUUGGUGUCUUCCUGCACCCAGAGAAUGCAAAUUAUUUGGACAGUUUGGUGCAGGAUCUACAAUCGGUGAAAAAUAUGCGAGUAAUUAUGAUCUAUCUGAGGAAAGGCGUGGGUGGUGGUAUUGGGAAGGGCCGGGGUGUCUCAAAGAGCGUCUGGGCUGGUAUUCGGCAGUUCGCUUUUCAUGCCUUGAAGAUAAAAGAUGCCCUCCAAGGAGUGGUUGGUGCUGAACAUCUUGCGAUUCGGAACAAGGUCUUUGAGAAAUUCGAAGGCUAUCACCUCGCCCAAGUGGGCCGGCGUAUUAGUGAGAUGGUCGAUUUCGAGAAAUCUGCGGAGGAAUCCCGGACCGUCAUCCUCCCUGGGAUAGAUGAUGAAUUGGAUCAAAUGAAAGCUACAUUUGCUGGAUUGGACGUCCUGCUCAGUCAAGUUGCCCGCAAACUGUCUGAGAGAAUACCGUCUGAUCUUCAAGAGUCUCUCAACGUGAUAUAUUUUCCCCAGAUCGGAUUCCUAACAACAGUCCCUAUUGAUCUAGCUACGGGCGGUGGCGUUUACGAAGGAAGUUUUGAGAAUCCAUGGGAACGAAUGUUUUCUACUGAGGAGCAGGUAUACUUCAAGAACAUCGAGAUGCGAGAGAUGGACGAUCAUUUCGGAGAUCUGUACGGUAUCAUCUCGGACCGUGAGAUCGAGAUCAGCCAUGAGCUUGCUCAAUAUGUUCUUGAAUACGAGAACUUACUGACCGCCGCAUCAGACAUAUGUGGCGAGCUAGAUAGUCUUCUAGCUUUAGCUCAAGGAGCACGACUGCAUAGGCUGUGUCGGCCUCGAAUUACAAGCGAUAACAUUCUUCGUAUUAAACAUGGCCGGUAUACGAUGUCUAGGCACAUGCUUCAGGAGCUCACAGUGCCGUCCUUUGUUGCGAAUGAUACAAACCUUGUUGGCGGUAUAGGAUAUAGCGCCUCCAAUGACGGAUCUGACGACACUAGUACUUCGGCUUGUUCUAGAUCCCACCACCAGGGCCCAAAUAUGCUCAUAAUGACAGGACCGAACUAUUCCGGCAAGAGUGUGUAUUUGAAGCAGGUGGCCCUGAUCGUGUUCAUGGCACAUGUUGGAAGUUUCGUUCCAGCGGAGAGUGCUAAGGUCGGGCUGACUGAUAAAAUACUCUCCAGAGUGACUACGCGCGAGACAGUGUCUCGUAAUCAGAGCGCUUUCAUGAUUGAUCUGCAGCAAAUCUCCUUAGCUUUGAGCUUGGCGACACGGAGGAGCUUGCUGAUCAUUGAUGAAUUUGGGAAAGGUACCGACUCGAGCGAUGGGGCGGGCUUGGCUUGCGCGGUCCUUCAGUAUCUCCUAAGUCUCGGAAAAGAAUGUCCAAAGGUAGUUGGGGCUACGCACUUUCAUGAAAUCUUUGAGACUGGACUAUUGAAACCAGGACCAGCCCUCGCCUUUGGCCACAUGGAAGUCCGGGUGGACACAGGAGCCGCCGAGGCUGAAGAUCAGAUCACUUAUCUAUAUAAUCUCUGCAACGGCCGCAGUACCUCCAGCUUUGGGACAUGCUGCGCUGCUAUGAACGGAAUCCCACCGGAGGUCGUCCAACGCGCCGAGGAGCUUAUUCUCCUAUCAGCCAAGGGAGAGGAUCUAGUAGCCGCAUGUUCCGUGAUGCCGGACUCUGAAGUUGCGGAGCUGGAAGAGGCUGAGCAAAUUGCAAGGGACUUCCUCGAGGCCGAUAUCAACCAGAAUCCGCGAAGAAUACUCGAGGAUAUCUUGACAAUUUCGAUAACCACAGGUUCUCGGUCGUAGCUAAAAUGAGCUAACAGCG